AUGGAAACCCCUUGUCGAUCGAAUGAUUUAGAACAUAAUAAUAGAUAUUUUUGUAAAGAUCAUCAACCACAGUCAGAUAUUCAGGAAACCCAACAGCAUCAACAACAUUCAGUACACAAAGAACAUGAAACAUCGUCAACACAAUCAAUGUUAUCAUCAUUAUUAUUGAACAAAACGUCACAGAAGCAAUGUCAACAGCGACGCCAAUCGACCUCGAUUGAAGAUCCAUGUCUCAAUAACAAUGAGCUGCAAGACAACUACCACGAAUCAUUGAUAUUGGAUGAGGCUGACAAUCAAUUAAGUAUACAAACAUACGAAAAGUGCAAUGUAUACCGUGAUGAGUUUGAAGAAACCAAACAAACUAGUUAUACUUUUUUGGCUACGUUUUUAAACUGCAGCGUCAUUGUUGGUUUUGAUGAACAACCGCGAAGUGAGGGUAUGCGCAGAGUAAUUCGACAUAUAAUACGAAUACGCAAUAAUGGAGACUGCCUCCUGCUAUGA